AGAGAAGCACCUGCACCAGGACUACCUAAAACAUUUACAUCGUCACAUGGACACAGACACAGGCAUGCACCAAAACCAACACAACAACCACCUCCACAACCAACACAACAACCAACAGUUCAAAACCCUGCACAACAACCACCUCCACAACAACAACCAAAACCAACAGUUCAAAAUCCUGCACAACAACCAACAGUUCAAAACCCUGCACAGCAACAACCACAACCUGCACAACAACAACCACAACCAGCACAGCAACCAACAGUUCAAAACCCUGCACAGCAACAACCACAAACAGAGCAAGGACAUAAAAGAAGUAGAGAACAAGGAAACCAAGAAUUCUUA